UAAAGGCAAGGGAGUGGCACCUCCGGUCCCGCUUCUGCCUGCAGGACCCCAGAGAGCAGUUGCAGCCCACAGCUAGAAGAUCAGCACCAUGCCCGGAAUUACUUGCACCAACAUCCGUGUUGCCCCUGGGCAGCGUAUUGCUGUGAAAGGAGACAUUCCAACCGGAGCUAAGAGUUUCGUAAUUAAUCUGGGCAAAAAAGAGGAUGAAAUCAUGAUGCACUUCAACUCACGUUUUGAUGCUCACGGCGACGUGAGGACCAUCGUAUGCAACAGCAAGAGCGGUGCCCAGUGGGGGAAAGAACACAGGGAGAGCAGUUUUCCCUUCCAGGAGGGCACCACUGCAGAGAUCAUUUUCUCUCAUGACAAAAAAGAGUUGACUGUUACGCUGCCCGACAACACUCAGUUCAAGUUCCCCAACAGCUCCGGCCAUGAAGGCAUCGAAUAUAUCUGUGUCGACGGCGACAUCGCAUUCAAGGGCAUCUCGCUUAUUUAACUGUCUUGGUCCUCUCCUAGUUGCUUUUCUUGCUUCACAAGGCAGAAAAAUAAACUCAGCUGCAUUCUGGUCUUA